CCUCCCUUUCCCUCUCCCUCUCCCUCUCCCUCUUUUUUUCCCUCUCCCUCUGCCUCUCUCUUUCUUGCUCCGUCCCUGCUUCCCUCCCUCUCUAUCUCUCACAUUCUCUUCCUCACACUCCCUUGUCAGCUACCCCUGUGUCUCCCCGUGUCAGUUUCUUCUCUUGCUGGUACUCGGUGGUUGGCUGCGUGAAAGGAGUACGUGCGUUUGAAGGGGCCCAGGUUGGCUCAGAGAGCCGAGAGAAGCGAGGGAGAAAGAGGUAAAGAGUUUCUGGGCGCUGACGAAGGCUAAAGGUGAGGAGGGCCAGCCAGCCGAGAGGGAAGUUUGGAGAUAAUUGUGGAGGGAAGGGAGAAACCAAGCUAGGAGCCAGCACUUGCGCCCCUCACUGCACCCCGCUCCUUUCCCUGUGCUCACGCAUUCACCGUCCCAGCAGUCUCGAAGGCCCUGGCUGUCCCAGGCUGCUACUGUUUGUGCGCCAAGGGAGAAGAGUCCAUCCAGUAAGGCGGCCGCGCCGCACGCCCUGGCUCAGGGACACCAGACGUCGCAGAUCUGAACAAACGACUUGGCCAGGGGUUUCUAAAUUGAUAUCAACCAUGGCCCAACUAUACUACAAAAAGGUCAACUACUCACCCUACAGAGAUCGCAUUCCCCUGCAAAUUGUGAGGGCUGAAACAGAGCUCUCUGCAGAGGAGAAGGCCUUCCUCAAUGCUGUAGAGAAGGGGGACUACGCCACUGUGAAGCAGGCCCUACAGGAGGCUGAGAUCUACUACAAUGUCAACAUCAACUGCAUGGAUCCUUUGGGCCGGAGUGCCCUGCUCAUUGCUAUUGAGAAUGAGAACUUGGAGAUCAUGGACCUACUGCUGAAGCACAACGUGUACGUAGGUGAUGCCUUGCUCUACGCCAUCCGAAAGGAGGUAGUGGGUGCUGUGGAGCUUCUGCUCAGCUAUAGGCGGCCCAGUGGAGAGAAGCAGGUCCCCACUUUGAUGAUGGACACCCAGUUCUCUGAGUUCACACCGGACAUCACUCCCAUCAUGCUGGCUGCCCACACCAACAACUAUGAAAUCAUCAAAUUGCUUGUCCAAAAACGGGUCACUAUCCCACGGCCUCACCAAAUCCGCUGCAACUGUGUGGAGUGUGUGUCCAGUUCAGAGGUAGACAGUCUGCGCCACUCCCGCUCCCGGCUGAACAUCUAUAAAGCUUUGGCAAGCCCCUCACUCAUUGCCUUAUCAAGCGAGGACCCCAUCCUAACUGCUUUCCGCCUGGGCUGGGAGCUCAAGGAGCUCAGCAAGGUGGAGAAUGAGUUCAAGGCUGAGUAUGAGGAGCUCUCCCAACAGUGCAAGCUCUUUGCCAAAGACCUGCUGGACCAAGCUCGGAGCUCCCGAGAACUGGAGAUCAUCCUCAACCAUCGAGAUGAUCACAGUGAAGAGCUUGACCCUCAGAAGUACCAUGACCUGGCCAAGCUGAAGGUGGCAAUCAAAUACCACCAGAAAGAGUUUGUUGCACAGCCCAAUUGCCAACAGUUGCUCGCCACUCUCUGGUAUGACGGCUUUCCUGGAUGGCGGCGGAAACACUGGGUAGUCAAGCUUCUGACCUGCAUGACCAUUGGAUUCCUGUUUCCCAUGCUGUCUAUAGCUUAUCUGAUCUCACCCAGGAGCAACCUUGGUCUGUUCAUCAAGAAACCCUUUAUCAAGUUUAUCUGCCAUACAGCAUCAUAUCUGACCUUUCUCUUCAUGCUUCUCCUGGCUUCUCAGCAUAUCGUCAGGACUGACCUCCAUGUACAGGGACCUCCCCCAACUGUUGUGGAAUGGAUGAUAUUGCCUUGGGUUCUCGGUUUCAUUUGGGGGGAGAUUAAGGAAAUGUGGGAUGGUGGAAUUACUGAAUACAUCCAUGACUGGUGGAAUUUGAUGGACUUUGCAAUGAACUCACUCUACCUGGCAACUAUUUCCUUGAAGAUUGUGGCCUAUGUCAAGUAUAAUGGUUCUCGUCCAAGGGAAGAAUGGGAAAUGUGGCACCCGACUCUGAUUGCAGAAGCACUCUUUGCGAUAUCCAACAUUUUAAGUUCGUUGCGGCUCAUAUCCCUGUUCACAGCCAACUCCCAUUUAGGGCCUCUGCAGAUCUCUCUGGGGCGUAUGCUGCUUGAUAUCCUCAAAUUCCUCUUUAUCUACUGCCUGGUCCUGCUGGCUUUUGCCAAUGGAUUGAACCAGCUUUACUUUUAUUAUGAGACCAGAGCAAUUGAUGAGCCGAACAACUGCAAGGGAAUCCGAUGUGAGAAACAGAACAAUGCUUUCUCCACGCUAUUUGAAACCCUUCAGUCACUCUUCUGGUCUGUAUUUGGCCUUUUAAAUCUCUAUGUCACCAAUGUGAAAGCCAGACACGAGUUCACAGAGUUUGUGGGAGCUACCAUGUUUGGGACGUACAAUGUCAUCUCCCUGGUAGUGCUGCUGAACAUGCUGAUUGCCAUGAUGAACAACUCCUACCAGCUUAUUGCCGAUCAUGCAGACAUUGAGUGGAAAUUUGCAAGGACAAAGCUCUGGAUGAGUUACUUUGAUGAAGGGGGCACCUUGCCACCUCCUUUCAACAUUAUCCCCAGCCCAAAGUCAUUUCUAUACCUUGGUAACUGGUUCAACAACACCUUCUGCCCCAAAAGAGAGCCUGAUGGGAGACGGAGAAGGCACAACUUGAGAAGCUUCACAGAACGCCAUGCUGACAGCCUGAUACAGAAUCAACAUUAUCAGGAAGUUAUCAGGAAUUUAGUCAAAAGGUAUGUGGCUGCUAUGAUAAGAAAUUCCAAAACAAAUGAGGGGCUAACAGAAGAGAAUUUUAAGGAAUUAAAGCAGGACAUCUCCAGCUUUCGAUAUGAAGUGCUUGACCUCUUAGGAAAUAGGAAACACCCAAGGAGAAGCUUUUCCACCAGCAGCACUGAACUCUCUCAGAGGGAUGAUACCAAUGAUGGCAGUGGUGGGGCUCGGGCCAAAUCCAAGAGUGUCUCUUUCAAUUUACACUGCAAGAAAAAGGCCUGCCAUGGGCCAUCUCUCAUCAGAACCAUGCCAAGAGACAGUGGUGCCCAAGGGAAGUUAAAAGCUGAGUCAAGCAAACGCUCUUUCAUGGGUUCUUCUCUCAAGAAACUGGGUCUCCUAUUCUCCAAGUUUAAUGGUCAUAUGUCUGAACCCAGUUCACAGCCAAUGUAUACAAUUUCUGAUGGAAUCGUUCAGCAGCACUAUAUGUGGCAGGACAUCAAAUAUUCUCAGAUGAAGAAAGGGAAAUCAGAGGCCUGUUCUCAAAGUGAAAUUAACCUCAGUGAGGUAGAAUUAGGUGAAGCCCGGGGCCCUGCUCAGAGCAGUGAGUGCCCUCUAGCCUGUUCCAGCUCUCUGCACUGUGUAUCCAGUAUCUGCUCCUCAAAUUCUAAACUUUUAGACUCCUCAGAGGAUGUAUUUGAAACUUGGGGAGAGGCUUGUGACCUGCUCAUGCACAAAUGGGGUGAUGGACAGGAAGAACAAGUUAUAACUCGACUCUAAGCCAAGCCUCUAUCACCUGUUCUGGAACUCAACAUAAAAUUGAUCUGAAAGGUGACAUAGAGUAUGAUUCCCU